AGUGGGGUCUACAGGGCAGAAUUUGAGGACGCACAUGGCUUGGUCACUGUGCUGUGCUUCUGCGUGUCAGUGUGGGAGCCCGUCCGCCAGCCGCACCUGGAGACCCUCAUCCUGCACCAGGAGCAGGGCAGCUGCAACGUCUCACUGGACUGCACCUUGCCCGGUGCCAGCAAUGUUUCCUACAGCUGGUCCUGCAGCGGGGAUGCCCUGGGAGCCCUGGAGCACCAGCCCCGGCUGCACCUGUGGGUCCACGCAGACGCCGACCCCACCAUCUGCUCCUGCAACGUGAGCAACCCGGUGAGCUGGAGCACAGCCAGCACCAACGUGGUGGCACCCUGCCGCGCUGCAGUCUCAGGGCUUUUCAGCACCUUUGUGGGGUGGCUUGUAGCUGCACUGAUAGUAGCGGCCAUCUUCGUAGCCUUCAUUGUCAUCUACUGCCGGUGGAGGAAGCGAGGAAGGGACGCCCUGGGAGGUUUAUCGCCGGGACACGGCGACCAGUCACUGACCGUCUAUGAGGAGGUGGGAAGAGCCCGGCCCAGCCAAGACUCUAAUGGGACCGGGACCCAGCCGCCCUCAGGAGCCCGAAAGCUGCACCAUCUACGCCACGGUCCAGACCACCAGGAAGGUUCUCCCUCUGCUCCACAGUCUCCUUCUCUCAGGAGGAAGAGGCUGGACCGAGCUUUGAUUUCCACUGCCUACGCAGAGGUAAUGGGCACAGGACCG